ACAAUAUGGCGACGGGAGUGCACGAAUUUGUACCAAAAUAAGAACAAUUUGGAAAUGGAUAUGAAUUUGUGAUUACAUGCGUUCCGGUACUUGAUAGAUAAAUUAUAUCUAUCGAUCAAGUCGUUUGUAAUCGGAUUUAAAGGGUUUUAAUUCACUCAAUAAGAAGAUAAUACAGAUUGACCCCGAGUUGUUAACGAUAUAAGCGACUUUGAGAUAACUGUUAUAUUUACCGUUUAGUUGUCAAUAAUACUAGACCCUUGUAUACAUAGUUCACGGUAAUAUUUGUUUUAUCGGGGUGCCAAAGAGUGUAAACACUGCUUCAAAAAAUGGCAGCCACAUAUCAGUUUCUAUCCAGACCUGCAAAAUUACCUAAAGAAUGGCAGCCCAAAUUACAUGAAUGGAAUCCUUAUCACUGCAGUCAUCCAGAUGUAGCCCAGGUGGGAUGGCGGAAAUGGUCCGCUGAACACCCAGAUUGGUACGCAAAAAGAGCCACUUCACAACAUCCAGACUGGUACAAUAGGCGUAGAGAUACAAUAAGAAGAGUUGAUUACAAGAACAUCAACUGGCAUUAUGAACAACCGUCGAAACCAACCAGUAGAAAUAUGGAUGAUUUUGUGCCCAUUCAACCGGAUGUACAGAUGAAGGAUGUCUUAAAGCCCAUGCCACCAAAUAGAAGUUUUAAAGGUCACACAAGCUACCCUAAACCAUUCCCCUAUGAAAUACCAAUGCCCAAUUGGGGCUUGUAUCACCCCGAUCAUUACAAGGAUCCAGUUAUAUUAAAUCAUUUUCCACCAAUUAGAUAUAAUGGUUAUAAAUAAAUAAUUUAUUUUAUUGUUAAAUUUAAUCAAAUAAUAUUAAUAAUAAUUAUUGUGUUAAUGGUUAAUGAAUAACUUAUUUCAUUGUUAAAUUUAUUUCAAUAAUGUUAAGAAAUUCAUUAAACAUACAUUAUGCAAGAGCUAAAUCUGCCUAUUGAAGGUCUUUCUUUAGGCCUGAGAUGUUAUCUAAAUUAUUAAUUAGACAUUAAUUAACUUAUCCAGGCCAUAAUCAACUCUCAAUGGCAUCGCUAGCCUGAGAUUUUUUAUUGGAUUAGGUUCCGAUUUGCUGUUCAACCCAUUCAUAAUUAAUCAUGAAAUGGAUAAUCAAGACUAUUUUUUUUAUCCUACCGACUUUAGUAAUGAUGAUCGAGGCUAGGCCAAAAAUUCAAUCACUUGAAUCUUGGUUCAUAGUGGAUCAAUUUGACUGAAAUUUUCAGCAAAUUCUCUUUACAGUAUCUAGUUUUUAAAUAUUAUUCUGAGCACUACCAGCUCUUUAUCUAAUCUCCCAUAAUGUAUCUUGAAUUGUGUAUCCAUAAAGUUGUACUGUGUGUUUUAAAAUUUUUUCAAUUACUAAAUGCACAUCAAAGAAGUAAUUAAUGUGUAGGGAACAAGUAGACAUUUAAAUCAUGGUAAAAGAAAACAUGAGAGAACUUGGUGCUAAAGUAUAACUUAGCUAAUAAUUCUAGUGGCAUUUAUGUCAGGCAAGAAGCAAGGUGCAUUCUUUUAAUUACAAAUUAUAUUUAUGAGUCUCCUAAUGCAAACCUGGUAACUAUAUUUUAAAAAAUACUUUUGAAAAAUUUCAUGCAUGUAUUUAAAUUCAGUUGUUAUACCUUUGAAAGUUUCAUGUAUAUAUUAUUUAAAUUGUUAUGAAAAAAGAUAUUAAAUUACUAGAAUACUUUAGUAUGGAUAAAAUUACUAUGUCUAUUACACUGCAAUGUUUCAACAAGAUUUUGCAUGUAGGGAAAUAUAAAUUAUAGGUUAUUGUUUGAACGACUUGUCAAAUCUUGUAAUAAACAUAUUGAUUGUAUGUACCCACACCAUUAAGUAUUCUAGUAUUUUAUAUUAUAAGUCAUUUACUAAAUGCCUCUCAAGGAUUGUAUUAAUCAUAGUAAUUGUAUCCAUGCCAAGUAUUCUAGAAUAUUAUAUUAUAAGUCAUUUCCUAUAUGGCUCUCAAGGAUUGUAUUAAACAUAGUGAUUUGAUUUAAUUGUUGAUAGCCAAUAACAAAAUCAUAUGUAUUCAUUUGAAGACCCCUUCUAGGAUUAAUUGUUCAGUAAACAAUUCUUUUCCUUCAAAGGGAAGUAGUAACAUUUCUGUUGCUUAAAGAGUUGUUUGUGGGUGAAUGGUCAUUGUUUUAAAAUGUUCAGCUUAGCCUAAGAAAUGAUAUUGUGCUCUUUUGGUAAAUGCCUACAUUUUUAUUUUGAAGAAAAAUACUGAUCUUAUCUUUGUUUUUAAACAAUAUAAAGGAUAUAAAUUUAAAGUUAAA